AUGACAGAGUACAAGAGUAAGAGGGACUCAUGUCGGCAAAAGAUUGCCUCUAAAUACGACAUCCUUGGCUUUAUCAGUUCAGGAACAUAUGGUCGCGUCUAUAAAGCCAAAUCUAAAAACAAAGCAGGCAGACAAACCCAAGAGCCAGACAGUCCAAUGACUCUUCCGGAUGAUGGCAAAGAAUAUGCAAUUAAAAAGUUCAAACCAGACAAGGAGGGAGAGGCAGCGACAUACAUUGGAAUUUCACAAUCAGCCUGCAGAGAGAUCGCUUUGUGUCGUGAGUUACAUCAUGAAAACAUUGUAGGAUUACAGGAAGUACUUCUUGAGGACAAGUCGAUUCAUAUGGUGUUUGAAUAUGCUGAACAUGAUCUACUUCAAAUCAUCGGAUUUCACAGCCACCCAGAGCGAAAGUACAUGUCAGAGUACACAAUCAAGUCAUUUUUGUGGCAAUUAUUGAACGGAGUCGCAUAUCUUCACGCCAAUUGGGUUAUGCAUCGUGAUCUCAAACCCGCCAACAUCCUCGUCACUGCUAACGGAGUUGUCAAAGUUGGCGAUCUGGGUCUAGCACGCCUGUUUUAUAAACCUCUACAGCCACUGUUCCAUGGCGAUAAAGUUGUGGUCACGAUCUGGUAUCGUGCACCUGAAUUGUUGUUAGGGUCGCGACACUACACUAAGGCGAUUGAUAUCUGGGCGAUCGGUUGUAUAUUUGCAGAGCUAAUCACCCUUCGUCCCAUUUUUAAGGGUGAAGAGGCUAAAGUAGAGAACAAGAAAACAGUACCCUUUCAAAAAAAUCAACUACAAAAGAUUUUUGAUAUUCUUGGCAACCCAACAAAGGAGCGAUGGCCUACUAUUGACCAACAACCAGAAUACCCUAACCUAGCAAGCUUUCGACAGACGCCGAAUGUGUUACGAUCAAUGUAUCAAACAUGGCCUAUUAAGAGUGAGCAAGGUUGUAAUCUUUUGGCAGCUAUGCUUGAAUACGAUCCUCUGAAGCGGAUCACAGCGGAGGAGGCUCUCAACCACCCUUAUUUCCAAGAGGAUCCGAAGCCCGGCAUGGAGUAA